AUGGUUGAUAAUUUUGAUUCAACUCGUAAUGCUUACAUUGUUGACAACAACGAUAUGGAUUAUCAUCUUAAUCACAGUCUUGGUUUUGAUAUUCAAUAUAAUAAUAUUGAUCAACAUAUUGUUAAUAAUAACCUUAAUUUGGAUCAAGAUAAGAAUAAUAAUAUUGGUCAAACAGGUUCUAAUCAUAAUUCCGAAGAAGAUGAGGAGGACCAAGAAUUCAAUGAGUGGUUUCAAGAAACAAUUUUGCAAAACGCGUAUCAUGUUUUUGCCUACUAUGAUUAUGUUGGUAUAAAUACUGAUGAUUUGUUCACACCAUGGGACGACGAAAUGAAUUUGGAUAUGGAUCAAGUUUUUACUCCUUGGGAUGUAAAUCAUUCAAAAUAA